UAUGUGGGAACCUUUUGAACCUUCGCCCAUAAACACUCAGGUCUUCGGUUGAUUUUGCGAUUUUUUAUAAAAUUAUUUUAGUUUUUUAAUAAAGUGUUUCUCCGUGUUUCACCAAUAAUUCCACAUAGCUACAAGCAACACUAAAGCCCCAAAGAAAAAUGCUGCGUAUUUUGAACCGAGUGACGAGACUCGCCGUGCCGGGAGCCCGUAAUCUGAGUAGCGAACCGGCGGAUACCAAACUGGUUCUUACCGAGGUGGACGAUAAAACAGGAUAUGCCACGGUAACGCUGAACCGUCCCCCGGUGAACAGCUUAAGCUUGGAAUUAUUGAAGGCGAUUUCCGAGACUCUGGAUGAUCUCCAGAACAACAAAUCCCGAGGAAUGAUAUUGACUUCGUCCUCGAAAAGCGUGUUCAGUGCUGGCCUAGAUAUUAUGGAAAUGUACAAGCCUAACCAAGACCGUCUGCGAGAUUUCUGGUCCACACUUCAGGAUGUUUGGUUCAAGCUGUACGGAUCGCCCUUUGCUACCGUUGCUGCUAUUAAUGGACAUGCACCGGCCGGAGGAUGUUUGCUAUCACUGUGCUGCGAAUAUCGCGUGAUGUGUCCGAACUACACUAUAGGAUUGAAUGAAACGCAGUUAGGAAUCGUGGCACCAACGUGGUUCCAGGCCUCACUGCGGAACACCAUCUCUCGUCGGGAAUCUGAGCUGGCCUUAACGCUGGGAAAAAUGUACACAACAGAAGAAGCGUUGAAAGUAGGCAUGAUCGACGAAAUUGCGGAAAACAAGGAAAAGGCUUUGGAGAGGGCCGUUGCGUUUUUGAACCAGUUCCGAAAAAUCUCUCCGAUGGCCCGAGCUAUGACGAAGCAAGCCUUACGUAGCAAGGAUAUCGUAGAACUAGAGGAUAACCGUUCCCAGGAUAUCGACUUGUUUGUGUAUGCAGUUAAUCAACCAAACGUACAGAAAGGCCUAGAGGUAUACCUGGAAAGUUUGAAAAAGAAAGCGGCGGGGAAAUAAGAGAAAAAAGUGAGACAAAGCUGUUUUUUUUAAUCAACAUGUAAUGAAAAAUGCCUUCAUGGUAUCAUAUUUUUUCUACUAGCAUUUUGCGUAAUCUUUUUUACGCCUAGAAUAAAUAAAACUGCUUGAUAAAUG